CACAGAGAAUUUCCAAUCGAGUGGAACGUUGCUGCUAGGAACCUUUGUGUCGGAGCUGUGUAGCCGGCGGACAUUUAAGCUGUGACCCAAACUCCAGGUUUCGGCGCUUCCGCUAGGAAAGAUGGCGGCUCGGGACAAGGCUGGACAGGAGAUGAGUCUAGCGGCGCUGCACCAGUCUGACCCCUAUAUUAGCAGCAUAGUGGAUGUAACCGGCCACGUGGCUCUCUAUCGCUUCAGCCCCCAGGCCAAUGAGUGGGAGAAGACAGAUGUGGAGGGGACCUUAUUUGUGUACACAAGAUCUGCCUCCCCGCACCAUGGGUUCACCAUCAUGAAUCGACUAAAUAUGCACAACCUGGUGGAACCCAUGAACAAGGAUCUUGAAUUGCAGCUGCACGAGCCCUUCCUGCUGUACCGCAAUUCCAGCUUGGCCAUUUACAGCAUCUGGUUUUAUAACAAGAGCGACUGCCAGCGAAUAGCAAAACUGAUGACGCAAGUGGUCCAGCAGGAACUGGGAAAAGUGAAGACCCGGCAGAAUCCCAGUGCUGUCAAUGGUUGCACGAACCGACCCAUAGACAUUCUGGAGAUGCUUAGCAAGGCCAAGAAUGAAUAUGAACAGGGGAAGAAUGACAGUGGAAAUGGAUCUUAUUGCGAUAAGCCGAACUAUAAAAAGGCUGAUAGUUUAGAGACAUCAGAAAACCCUUCACAGGAAAAGGCUGUGCAUAAACAUCUCACGGUGGAAGAACUGUUUGGAACGUCGUUAGUGAAAGAGCAGCCGGCCACUUGCCCCGGUGUGGAUUUGAGGGACAGAAGACAUCCGUUACAUGCGCCGGCCUCCUGCCAGCAGCCAAAUCCAGUGGUGGUGAAGGCGGGUUGUGCUACUUUCAAUGCAGUUGCCAGUGACUUUAACCAGCCUGCUUGUGUGGCACCCGCAGGGUUUCCCCAGGGCCCAGUCCCACAACCAGCAUCACAGACAGUGACAAACCUAAUACGUUUAAGCCCCAGUGUAGGUCUAGCAUCUGCCCCAGAAGCCCUGAGCUCCUCUCUUCUGCUCUGUUCCAGUAACCCCACCAGUCUGACCAGUUCCCUUCCAUCUGCUCCUGGGCAAGUCUCACCCCUCCUGAGCCAACCUGUGCCCAACCAGCAUCUUCUCCCCCCACUGGCACCAGUCAGCUCCUGCAGUGUUGGAAACUCUUCCCAUUCCGGUGCUGAUCUUCUUCACAAGCUGAAGCUGAUUCCACACACAGACCAGGUCCAAACACAACCCUUGGGCAAGGCCUCUAUUGCACCCAAGUUCUCCUCUGCAUUGAGCCAUCUUGCUACUCCCGAGAGCUUUAAAGGAGGUAUAAUGAAGCCUGUUCCAAGCACCAGCCUAGUUAUGGCGCCUCAACAGAAUAUACUUGACAAGAAAGAUUGUGAUGUUCUUCCCCAGUCCAAGUGCUUAACCAAAGUGCUACAGGCAACUCCAUAUGUAACUCCCAUGAGUACAGUUGGCCCCUCAGUCCUCAUGUCGCCCAGUAUCUUUCAUCCGUCAGUCCGAGAAGAAACUGCCAGAAUGUCUCCCAUUGACUCAGCGCUGUCUGAUUCUUCAAAGGUUGUCCUCUGUAGAUCCCAACUCCAAGAAACUCUAAUUCAUCUCAUAAAGACUGAUUCCGCCUUUCUGAAUUCACUUCACGAAGUCUAUUCACAGCUUUAUAUAAAGAGUGCGGAUAACGGCAAGUGAUCGUCAUGAACCGAGGCCCCUCGUCAACCCUGAAGCCCCGGAGCUGUUCUGCCUGCACAGCAUUCAAACUGGUUGGACUGAGCUGAUUUCUCCUGGCAAAUCCACCGGGUCAAGGUUUUGUGUCAUCGUUUGGGGACUGAAUUCUUUUUAAUAGGAUGUUUUUGAUAAAAGGGUUUUUUUCUUGUUUAAUGGCAGAUGAGGUGAGUAAUGGUGCGGCUGUUGAACCUCUGGCACACGGUAGGGAAAGAGGCGCAAUUGGGACUCUGUUUUUGUUUUUAGAAUUUUAUUUAUUGCAGUGAAAAGGCAAAAUCUAUUCAAGGCUCUAGAUUGUGUUUUUGGAACUUGAGAAGAACAAUUGCACUGUUCUAUUCCCAUUAGCUCAAUGGCUUCUGUGCAGUAUUUGUUACUGCAGAUAUUUCUCAGCACUUGGUAGAGUCCAGUGCAGAACCAAUUUGUUCAACCCGACCCGCAAGUACCUUAUCUGCAACCCGAUCCGCUGACCAUCAAGAACAGGAAGUGCUGUCAUUGUAAACCGGAAGUGACCUCAUUGGAAGUUGGCGUGUUCAGAAAAAAGGAGAACCGCCGACCCGCGUCUAUACCCACUCCCGAAACUUCUACCUGCAACCCGCAGGGUACAGCAGGUUUUUGCAUUUACCCGACCCGCUGCAGAACUCUAGCAUUUGGUAUGUUUAUUUACCUCCCAGCCCCUCACCUCAUCAAAGCUUGUAUCUGGGGGUCUGGCACAUUAAACCCAGGGGUCCA